AGAAAAAGAAAAAGAAAAAGAAAAAGGGUGGAGAUGAAAUAAUUAUUCUCCAGAAACCAACAAAAAGGAAAAGUCCAAAGAAUUAAUUAUUAUUUCCUCUCAUUCUUCUCCAUCAUUCUCAAUCCUUUCCCCAAAUUCCCUCAUUCAGGAUGGAAGAGGAAAAUGUGUCCGAGAAAGGUCUGACCUCGGCCGCAGCUUUUGUGGAAGGAGGAAUUCAAGAUGCGUGCGACGAUUCAUGUAGUAUAUGCCUUGAAGCUUUCAGUGACAGUGAUCCUUCCACUGUGACUACUUGCAAGCAUGAGUUUCAUCUUCAAUGCAUUCUUGAAUGGUGCCAGAGGAGCUCACAGUGUCCGAUGUGCUGGCAGUCGAUCGGUUUGAAGGAUCCAAGCAGCCAGGAGUUGCUCGAAGGUGUGGAGCACGAGAGAAAUAUUCGAAUGAAUCCUCCUAGAAACGCCACUAUUUUCCACCAUCCAACUCUAGGGGACUUCGAGCUACAACAUUUGCCGGUGAGUGCAAGUGAAUCUGAACUCGAGGAACGAAUUAUACAGCACUUGGCUGCUGCCGCAGCUAUGGGGAGGGCUCGUCACUUUGCUAGGAGGGAAGGUCAGCGGAACAGGUCUUCCGCACAAGGCCGUCCUCAAUUCGUGGUUUUCUCAACUCACCCGAACGAUGCUUCCACUGCCUCACCUGCUGCUCAAAGAGAAGGCGGCUUUCCUCCUUCGGUCAUGAUAGCUGGCCCCAACUCUCCUUUUAUUACCGCUGAAGAUUCCGACCAGUUCGUUCCUCGGAUUUUGUCUGCUCAAGCUAAUGCGCAUAUGGCCACUGGAUCCGCCUCAAACGCUUCUCCUACUGCUGCAAGCCGGCCAUCGAGCACUAGGUCUCCACCGGGUAGUCAAGAUCGAGCCGGACCAUCAGAUCUCCAUUCCUUCUCCGAAACUCUCAAACCCCGCUUUAGCAUAUUGUCGACGAGAUACAAAGAGUCGAUAACGAAGACCACGAGGGGUUGGAAGGAGAAACUGUUCACUCGCAACAGCCAAACUCCCGAACAGCAGCCUACACCUGAAGCUCGUCGUGAGACUAGCCAAGGUAUUGCCACUGUAUCUAACAUGAUGGGUCAUCUUGAAGUAUCCGAAGACAGUAGAACUACAUUGUCGAGAAAUAUUGGUGACGGCUCGAAUCAAGUCCCUACCAGCCAGCCACCCACCGAGGCGCAGGCUCCGUGUGCUGCUGCUGGUUCUGCAUCGAACUAAACUUCACAUUGUUGGUGAACUACGUUGCAGCUUGCUUCGUCUUGAAAGGAAUAAACGGAAGCGAUCCCCCUUUUCGCGACCAAGUAUGUAAAUGAUACAUUAGCUCUUAGUUACUAGGAAUGCAUGUUUAGUACAACAUUGAUCCGAAAGAAACACAACUGGCAGUAAGAAACACGCGAAUUCUGCAUGCUGUGUCGAAUAAUUUUAUCGCGCUUUUGCCUUUGAUUAUGAACGUGGUCUGGGACAGGGAGAUUUAUUGCCGAAUGCCAACCACUUGGAUUGGCGAUUCGGGCUGCUGCAUUGCCAACGGGUAUGCUAUGCUGAGAUGCGUGCCCUGCAUUUGUACUUGCUCGUUUUGCUGAAAUGUUCGGUCUCCAGUAGAACGAGCGCUGGAUUUUCAGCGAAACGAGCACGAUUAUACAGUGUUUCGACCUUUCUGGAUUAAGGAGGUCGGGAUGAUUUGAGAUUAGUUUAAUUUUCAAGAUGCAAAAAUUGGCCUCUAAUAUUCCCUAUUUCGUUUCUAA